AGCGGAGCUGGAGGGGAGAGAACCAGGAUCUGGGGGAUGGCAGCGAGGACAGGGGGCGCCUGGCCGGGGAGAAACUCAGGGAUGCGAACGGGGCCAGAUGAAGGGUUCGGAGUAGCAGGCCCCCCCAAAGGAGGCCACCAAGAGAGCGAGCAGCGGGAGGGAGCCGGGAGGGCACUACGAGAGGACUCCAGCAUUCGGGCUCCCGGUGCCAGCACCAUGAAGUCGCUCCUCGCCCUGCUGCUCUUGGGCUUGGCGUCCGGCUCGCCCCCGCUGGAUGACAACAAGAUCCCCAGCCUGUGUCCGGGACACCCGGGCCUUCCAGGCACGCCGGGCCACCAUGGCAGCCAGGGCCUUCCUGGCCGCGAUGGCCGCGAUGGCCGAGAUGGCGCGCCCGGGGCUCCGGGCGAGAAAGGCGAGGGCGGGAGGCCGGGACUGCCAGGGCCGCGUGGGGAGCCCGGGCCGCGAGGAGAGGCGGGACCUGUGGGGGCGACCGGGCCUGCUGGGGAGUGCUCGGUGCCCCCGCGCUCCGCCUUCAGCGCCAAGCGCUCGGAGAGCCGAGUGCCUCCGCCGGCUGAUGCGCCCCUACCGUUUGACCGAGUGCUGUUGAACGAGCAGGGACAUUACGACGCCACCACCGGCAAGUUCACCUGCCAGGUGCCAGGAGUCUACUACUUUGCCGUCCAUGCCACCGUCUACCGAGCCAGCCUGCAGUUCGAUCUGGUCAAAAAUGGCGAGUCCAUCGCCUCUUUCUUUCAGUUUUUUGGGGGGUGGCCCAAGCCAGCCUCGCUAUCAGGAGGCGCCAUGGUGAGACUGGAGCCCGAGGACCAGGUGUGGGUGCAGGUGGGUGUGGGUGAUUACAUCGGCAUCUAUGCCAGCAUCAAGACAGACAGCACCUUCUCCGGAUUCCUAGUCUAUUCCGACUGGCACAGUUCCCCAGUUUUCGCUUAGUGCUCACUGGAAAGUGAAUUCCAGCUCACUCCUAGAGGGUGUGACACUGACAGCCACACAUCCAGGAGGGCGGGCCCCCCUGGAAUAUUGUGGAUGACUAGGGAAGUGGAGUGGAUUCCCACGCCCUGCUGCCAGCAAAGAAUGGAGACAGAGGCUGUCCAGAGAUCAGGGCAGGCAGCAUGAAGCAGUAACUGGAUUUCUGCCCAGGACCAAAAGAGUGUGCUGUGCUGGCAAAUGUAGGUCUCCAGGGUGCUCUGGCCCAGAACUCCAAAAUGGGGUGCUCUCUUCCUGGCCCCUCUGCCUCUGGGUCCUCCUCCAUCCCUCCUGCUCCCAGAGUUAGCCCUUUUCCCUUUUCUCAGAGGUCACUCAAUAAACCUAAAAAC